CGCGAACCAUCAUCGUUUCAGCAGUUUGAUCGUCUCGAAAACACUGCCCAAACAGUUUCAUCGUUCUGCUAGCCGUCUUCGCAUUUCUUUUUCGCAAUGUCGCAAAUUGAUAAUCCAAUACACAUUACGCAUUACAUUAAUCCCCAUCGAUUCUAUUACAAACCGGAAACGGCGUACAUGCAAGAACAUGAACAAGCAAGGUUUGCGGCCGCAUUCAACGAGUACUGUGAAACCGAGUACGGUAUAAUUUACGAAACGGUUCGUAGCACUCCAUCCUGGAAACAUCCAAAGCCGGGCGAUUUGGUAGCACUGCGCAGUAAUCAGCUCCAGCGAUGGAUACGCUGUGAGAUGGAAGCUGUUAUGGUGGAUUUGAAUGAAACCACAUGGUACUAUCUGUGGGCCAUCGAUGAAGGCUUACCUAUUAAAACACUUACCAUAUAUGUAAGACCGCUACCGCAAGCUUUCGGGCAGGAACCGGCGCACGCGAAAAGAGGCGGCAUGAUAAACCUUCUACCAGGGGAGACGCAAUAUGAUUAUAUGGAAGACAAACCAAGACUGGUACCCAGCACCAAGUGGAGUUGCGGCGUAGUGAGCACAUUAGAAUUGAUGUUGGAAACUGCAGAAAGCAUUUCGUUUUUCCCAACCGCUCAGUACGUAUUGCAAAACGAAACGAUUCAUGUUGGUGAAUUGUUUAUUACCACGCAAUCAAACGCAACACACAACGUGGGGGAAAAGCUUCGUGAAGCGUGCCCCAAUCAAUUGAUACUUCCUCGAAAAGAUGCAACAUAUUUUAAAGGAAUCGUGUUUCUCGAAGCGUUCUGUAAGCAGCGAUACGUUAAUAAUGAAGGGUUGGAUAAUCAUGUCGUGAAUACUUUUGUAACCAAAAUUAACCGUUACGAUCCAGCUAGCCACGAAAACUUGGACACUCAAACGGAUACUAAGGUGGCAAUGAAGGUAUACGAAUGGUUGAAACAAAAUCAAGAAGCACGCAUUGCAAUACUGGCACAGCAAAAGGCUGAUAAAGAUCGAAACAACGACGAACCAGCAAUCGAGCAAACUAUCAUCAUACCAGCAAAGAAGAAUCUUGCUUCAGCAUUUGCUUUGAAAAAGUAUCUAGAAUGUGCUAAAUGCGAAAUGGACAAAAAAGAUGGGACGACAAUUGUGACCGAUCUUUCUAUCCAAAAACGUGACGAGAGUGAAGUUGCCACUGUCUCGAAUAGCAAGCCAUCGAAUUUAAUCCUGAAAAUGAAACGCCAGCAGAUUAUACGGCAAAUGCCGAACAUCGGUAGUGCAAGAUCAUCCAAUGCUUCGGAAUAAUGAAGCGUUCUCGAGAGGAAAAGAACGAGUCCGGAUAUGGUGAAUCAGGAAUAAAACCCAAUAAUAUUAGUUUAC